AUGGCUCCGUUCAUCGACACUGUGAGGAAUGCCCUCUUGGACUCGGCUGCCCGGUCUCGGCUUUGGCUCGAUACGCCUCAAGCUCGCGGAGUCUUUAAAUGCACCAUCGCCUAUACCAUCGCCAGUCUCGCGACUUUUGUUCCUUUCUUGUCGAAUUUCCUAGGGAAGCCUGACGGGAAACAUGUUGUGGCAACUAUCACCGUCUAUUUCCACCCCGCCCGGUCCGUGGGGUCCAUGAUCGAGGCUAUUCUCAUCGCGAUUGUGGCCGUUGCUUACGGCGAGCUAAUCUCGAUUCUGUCAAUGGCUACUUCGGUCUUUUUCGGCUCUACCAUGCAUCUAGUAACCGUCUCGCACAUUCUAGUUGUUGUCAUCUUUAUUGGUGGCGGGUUUGGGUUCAUGGGCUGGGCCAAGCAGAGGAUGCAAAAUCCUCUCGUCAACGUUGGCAGCACUCUCGCUUCGCUUGCUAUUAUCGGCGUCGUUACUAGAGAGAACCACGUUAUGUCCAAUGUCUUUUCCAAUGAAAAGAUAUUACAGGUCUUCAAGAUGCUUGUCAUGGGAAUCACCACUACAGCUGCGGUGAAUCUGUUGUUAUGGCGAAGUUCUGCUCGGCAAUCACUUCGUCAGACUAUGAACCGAGUUUCAGUUCCACUUGGGGACAUGCUAUACAUGAUUACCGGAAGCUUUUUGAGUGGUUCUGAGGCUGGGCUUGUGUCUGAUGGCUUCGCGGCCGCUACUUCCCACUAUUCCAAGUCGUACACCCAGAUGAUGAAGGAUAUGAGGGAAGCCAAGUUUGAGCAUUACUUCCUUGGUCAUGAAGAGGUUUAUGAUCAUGAGAAAUCUGUUGCAAGGUCAAUGGAGAACCUGGCACAAUCUCUCGGUGGACUGAGGAACGCUACCAACACUCAACUUGAGCAGUUGAAGCAUCCAAAGCCAGCAAGCCCAGGUGAACCGGGGCAGCCACCUGUGAACCAUGCUCGCGACUUAUUUGAGCUAUUCAAUAGCUCAAUCAGCAUGUCUAUGACUUCGUUGCGACAGAAUCUCUGCAGGAUCCUACAUGAGCCGCAAUUUGGGAGACCACCAAGCUAUGAGAUCAAUAUUGACGAAGAUCUACGACGAAAUCUGAUGGAUUCGCUGGAAACUUUCAACACGACUCGAGCGGAUGCGUUGCAGGGACUCUAUGACCGUAUCGAACAGAUGGCUUCAUCCCCCACAACAACGAGGGCGAACCUGGAGGAAGUCGCUGCAGCGUGCGGACACUUCACCUUCAGUUUACAGUCAUUUGGAGAAGAAGUUCUACAGUACCUAGACGUCUUGGAUGACCUGGAGUAUGUCAUACUGCACAAGAGUCGAAGUUGGCGAUGGAUUCUCUUCUGGCAAGACCGGAAUGCAGCAGACCACAACGAUGCCAUCAGAAUGUUUGACUCGGCAGAGGCGGACACUUUGAUACGGACGAGAUCGAGAUCUCUCAGCUCCCCGGAAGAACCCAGAGCACUCCCCACGAGAGUUGAUGUUGCGACUUGGUACAAUGCGCCUGAUGUGAACAAGGUGCUGGCUUGGUUUUGGCGGAAUCUCUCGGCCUUGUUUAAGAAGAUGGCACGAGACGAAAUUCAGUUUGGACUCAAGGUCGGCAUCGGAGCUGCUAUGUGGGCUAUGCUCGCUUUCCUCCCGCAGACGCGAGAAGUAUAUAACCAAUGGCGCGGCGAAUGGGGCUUGCUGUCAUUCAUGAUUGUCUGUUCCAUGACAGUUGGCGCCUCCAACACCGUAGGCUGGGCACGUUUCAUAGGCACUCUCUUUGGAGCCCUCGCAUCUGUCAUCAACUGGAAAGUUAGCCAUGGCUAUGCAUUUGCCUUGAUCUUUCUUGGCUGGCUCGCCAGUUUUAUCAACUUUUACAUCAUCAUUCAGCACGGAAAGGCUGCCUUGGGACGAAUCAGCUUGCUCGCGUAUAACGUGUCGACACUGUAUGCGUAUAGCAUGCAGAGAAAGGCAAAUGGCAAAGACAGUACAACAGACGAAGAAGUUGAACAGCCGGAUAUCGUCGACAUUGCACAACAUCGAGCCAUCGCCGUUACAGCCGGUAUCAUCUGGGGUCUUGUCGUCUGCAGACUCAUCUGGCCUAUUUCGGCUCGUCAAAAGUUCAAAGAGAGUCUCUCGGUGCUGCAUCUCCAGAUGGGUCUGAUCUGGAAGCGUGGACCUCUCGCUGUGCUGUACCGCAGUGAAGGAUCUCAGAGCUAUCUCAAGUCUGGAGAACAGGCCGCUCUUCAGAGAUAUGCGGCUGAACUGGAGAAUCUGAGACAGGCUGCAGCGUCCGAGUUUGAACUGCGAGGACCAUUCCCGGUGGAUGUUUACGGCCGUGUUUUGAGAGGCACGGAUCGUAUCCUUGAUGGCUUCUAUGGCAUGAGCCUUGUAGCAUGUCGUAAGGGACACAUCACAGAGGGAGAACGGGCGUUGUUGCAGUACACAGCUCGGGAGCGUGCUAUUCUGUGCGAUCACAUAUGUCAGGCCUUCCAAGUCGUGGCCAGCUCAACAAUGCUGGAAUAUCCCUUUGCUGACGCAACCCCCAGCAUCGUCUCAGCACGCGAGAAUCUUCUAAGCAAAAUCUUUCAGUUCAGAAAGGAGCAUUCGUCAAGACCACCAAGCCAUGACAGCGAGGAUAGCGACGAUCCGGCUGAAGUUUUGGUCGAGGAGAGAGAUUAUGCUCUGCUAUAUGCGUAUGCUCUUGUCACAGGCCAGGUGGCGGAUGAGUUGAGGAUGGUUGGAAAGGAGAUUGGAAGCGUUUUUGGCGUGUUGGAUGAAGAUACACGUCUUUUGCAGUAG